CCUGAUGAUGAUAACAUUCUUCUCACCAGAACAUAUGAUGUCAGCAUCACAUAUGACAAGCACUACCAAACACCACGUGUCUGGCUUACAGGCUAUGAUGAGGCAAGAAUGGCAUUAAAGCCUGAACUUUUGUUUCAAGAUAUCAGUCAAGACCAUGCACACAAAACAGUAAAUUUCUAGCUAUCAUGUUUUAUUUACCUCAGUUUUCUGGCAUGCCAUAUUUACCUCGGUUUUCUGACAUGUCAAGUGAAAUACACAAAUAGCUAAUUUAUUCCACAUCAGUAAGUCGGCAUCCAUGAGUUCCUUAAUAGUCGUUCUUAUAAUUUCCACUUAGCCUCCAGCCUCAUGCUUAUAAUCUCUUUGCCAUCAGUAAGUCGGCAUCCGUGACUUCCUUAAUAGUCAUGCUUAUAAUUCCUGGGUUUCUAAUUAAGAUCACUUUGAAAAUCAGGAUCUUAACUAAGAUUGUCUUGAUCUCAAGAGCUGGCUCCUACAACAUUGCAUUUCACCAAGUGAAAUGCUACAUUUCUACUUCUAACCCAUUCUCUCUUUCUUAGUAUUUUUGUUAUGCAGGUUGGAAGAAAAGAAGAAGACCCAGAGAAGAUCUUAGUAAUAAGAUAGUUUUUAGGAAAAUAGAUAUUUAGUUUUAGGUCAUUUCUUGUAAUUUCAGAUAUGGAGUGCUUGUCUUUAGUUUUUGUUUUGACUUUGUGAAACUUGCUAC